AUGAGAGGACGGUGCAGUACCUCCAGAGACUGGGGAUGGAGAAUCUGGUCAUUAUCUUUGAGUUCUCUCCCUGGGUUCUGAAGAUCUGUCCUGAGGACGGACUCAAGAUCUUCACUGAGGACCUGACGGAGGUAGAGACCCUGCCCAGAGACAAGGUCCUGAACUUCCUGCAGGAGGGCUUUAAGGAGCUGACUAUCCCCUACCUGGAGCACAUCGUACACGUCUGGGAGGAGACGGAGCCAGAGUUCCAUAACAUCCUCAUUCAGCUGUACCUGGAGAGGGUCCAGGGGCUCAUGAAGCAGUACCUCAACUCCCUGCCUGAGGGGGUUCCUGCAGUGGCUGCUGGGAAGGAGGAGGGGGACCUGGGAGAGUUUAGGAACAAGCUUCUAUGUUUCCUGGAGGUCUCUACCAGCUACGAGCCUGGAUGUCUUAUCAGUGACUUCCACUUUGACG